UGCUUAGACUUAUAUUGUGUAUUAAUUUACAUGUUCUUGGUUUAAGUAUCUGAAUUUUUGAUUCUGUGUUUCUGACAGCACAGAGAUUUAUGUACAACAGUUAUGGCGGAUUCACAACAAAGUAAAGACGUUAUGAACGUCGUUGAAGGUGAAUAUUCCGAUUCCAAAGAACAUGUUUAUCUUCAAGAAACAUUCUACAUUCUUUCUAAGAAGAACUCGGUAUUUCGAGUCAGAUUAACAUCUAAAGGACUAUCAUUGGCAAAAGAAACUGAUGGUAAUUGUAAGGAACAAACAAUUUUGUUGCGAGAUAUCGUCGGUAGCAAAUGCAUGAGGAGUAAGAGACGUCGCCCUGGUGCUGGUUCAUGUGUUUGCAGUUCACUCGUGGGACCCCAUCAACUUAAAGUAGUCGACGAGAACAGUGGCGAUCUUGACGAAAAUGAUAUAAGCGCAUAUCUGUAUGUUUAUGCCUAUAUAUUGAAGCGUAGCCGCCGUACAUUGAAAAGAGAGCGCACAACAAUAACCCUACGUUUUAGGUCUUACGAUAAAUACGAUGAUAACAAUAGGGAGGCUCAAAAGUGGAGAGCGACGUUGAAGUGUUUGAUAGCAGGUCAGCCGAUAACGUACUCGCCUCCUGUAAAUGAUAAGAAGUUGCUGAUUCUACUUAAUCCAAAGUCAGGCCCGGGAAAGGCUAGAGAGCAGUUCCAGACGAAAGUAGCACCAAUAUUGCAAGAGGCAGAGGUGCCUUAUGAUCUGCACGUGACGAAGUAUGCUCAAUAUGCCCGUGAAUUUGUUCGUACGCGAAAUGUUUAUGCAUGGAGAGGGGUUGUGGCAGUCGGCGGUGAUGGUGUGUUGUUUGAAGUGCUUAAUGGCAUGUUCGAACGACUGGAUUGGCAGCAGGCAUUUGAGGAAGUGCCACUUGCCAUCAUGCCAUGUGGCUCUGGAAAUGGUUUAGCAAGAUCUAUUUGUCACCUGUACAACGAACCAUACAUUCCCCAAAAUUUAACGGGGUUAACGAUGGCACUGGCGAGAGGCAAAUCGACACACAUGGAUGUCGUCAGAGUUGAAACAAAGACAAAAAUUAUGUUUUCCUUCCUGUCGGUUGGUUGGGGUCUGUUGUCAGAUAUUGACAUCGAGAGCGAGAGGUUACGGGCUAUGGGUGGACAAAGGUUCGCGGUCUGGGCGGUGGCCCGAAUACUAGGCUUAAGGAAGUAUAAAGGCGUAGUGAGUUAUUUGAAAAUUAAGGAUAUCAGCAAUCUCCCAAAGCCCAAACAACCGCUUACUCUCAGCCACAGCGUAAGUCAGGAUGGGGCACUCGACUCCCCUGAUGCGGAAGCGUUCAUUGAUUGCGAUGAACAUUCGGAAGUGUUUAGCAACGCUAGGAGCGGGAGACAUCAGCGUGUAGACUCAUGGUACUCUGUCAAUUCUAGAAGGAGCGCGUUUUUUAGUACACGGGGUUCAGAAUAUCACAGCGUAACAAGUGAAAACUCAGAAAUGCGCUCCCCUGUCCACGUAUGUAUGCACGGCCCUGCGUCGCAUUUACCAUCUCUUAUGUCCCAACUGCCCUCCAACUGGGUGCAUGAACAAGGCGAGUUCAUAAUGGUUCACGUAUCAUAUCAAUCAUAUAUCGGGGAAGACUUUUUAUUCGCCCCAAGAUCACAAUUAUGUGAUGGUGUAAUGUGGAUGCUAAUUAUCAAGGCAGGAGUUUCAAGGUCACAACUUCUGUCAUUUCUAGUAAAUGCAGGUCAAGCCUCUCACGUGGAGAUGAAUUCUGAGUACAUUAAAAUGGUUCCUGUGAGUGCAUUUAGAAUAGUUCCCGAAGGACCCGAUGGUAUUCUCACUGUGGAUGGGGAGCUAGUAGAAUACGGUCCUAUACAAGCAGAAAUCUUUCCUAACAUAGUAAAACUCUUGGUGCCAGAUAACAAAUAACACCAGAGAAGAUAAUAAGAUUUUUCUAAAUGACUGAAUUUAACUCAUGAAACAAAACCGAGCCGACGGAAGUGCAAUAUGUGGGAAUAUUUUCCAAUAGACAAGAAGUUAAAUAUUAUGGUUGUGCCACAAUAAUAUCUGAUUUAUGUAUUUAAUACCAAAGUUUACUAUUUAUUGAAAAGGCAAAAUGAUCAUUCCAUUGAAAUUGUGAUUUAUUUUAUUUAUUGUAAAGGAUAAGUUUUGUUGGUUCAAAAUGUGAUAUAUUUUUAAAUGGAUUUAUAUGUGUAAUACUACAAUAUUUAGCGACUAGUCAAGUCUUUUGGAAACUAUGAAGUGCCAAAAUCAUUGCACUCUAAAAUAUACAUGAUUUACAUAUGAAUAAAUUGAUAGGUUUACAACAUUAUUUGCUCAAAUUUAGGGCAAAAUUAGGUAAUUUAAAUAAGUACCUAUUGAGUAUUCUUUCCGAACUAUUUGUACGACAAUGUAAAAUAGACUUCCGCUUUCUUUUGUUAUAUAAAAAUUUGUAUGAAUUAAAUUAUAUAAUAUUUUAUUUUCAAUGUGGAUGGCCGUGAGUUGCAGUCCAUAAAUCUAUAGAGUUACGAUAUAAGAUAAUAGUUCUCAGUUAACUAAUUUUACACAAGUGAUAUUCAAGUUUUAAUUGUCAAUUUAAAGUAAUGCACAUUGAUGGCACAUCAGAAUGAAUAUCGUUAUAGGCAGCUAUAGCUGUAAUUUAGUAAAAUUGUUGUGCCAAGUUUAACUUGCACAGUAACACUUUGUUUGUAAUAUUAAUAUGUGGGGGCUAGAUAUAUCGGGUUUUGGUGUAAUAUUAGUAUAAAUAUUAAGUACUUAUAAAUUAUGUAGAUCAGAAAUUAGGCUGUUUUCAGACAUUUGUUAUGCAUGUAAAAAUUAUAAAAUGAUAUUAUUUAUUAAAUUGAAAUAAAACAUGUCUGGUCUGAAAAUGUCCUAAAUUUGAUUUAUGCUAUACUGUUUUGCCAGUUAUGAUUUAGCAGUAUUAAAUAUUAAUUUAACAACUUUCUGUGAUAAUAUUAAACUUUGCCAUAAUCAUUAUUAUAAAUAUUCCGUCAGAUUUUAAACCCCAGAGAAAUGCCUAAAUAUAAAUAAUGUAAUUUAGUUUGAAUGUGAUAAUUUAUCUUAGUGUUUUGCAUAGAUUUACAAAUAGUUUUGAUGAUUGUUUUAGUUCAAUUCGUUAUUUAUAUAGUGUAAAUAUUGUUAUUAUAGUAAUAAAUUAUGAAGCUUGUUAAUAUUGUAAAAUGGAAUAAGAGGAUACAAUUUUAUCACAAUUUUUUAACUAAGUUAUUAGGCUGUAUUUUGUAUCAUCACAAAAUUAGCACAAGUUUUGUAUGUUUCUAUUUUCUUUAUGAUUGUAGAACAGUUUUGCAUAAUACUAUUAUUAUAUUCUUUGAAACAUUGUAAUUCAAUAUAUCAUUCAGUCUAGGUACUAUUCUUAAUCUAUGGUUUUUAUAGUUCCUAUUCAAUUUAUAUUUGCAUGUUUCUUAUUAUCUAUGACAUUUGUAAAAUGCAUC